CUGCGGCCAGUUCGCGCGGGAGCGGGGCGCUGAGGCGCUUGGGCUGUGGGGCGCUGAGGCGGAGGCGGUUGCGGAGAGCAAGGACGGCCAGGAUGGCGACCCCGGCACGGAGUAUGCCGACCCAGACUCCGACCCCGGCCCCGACCCCGGCUCUGGCCCCAGCCCCGGCGGCCCUCAAGAGGGCACUCCCGGCAGAUCCUUCCUCCGAGGUCCCGAGCAAGAGAAAGACUUCCGGCCCUCUACUGUCGCGGCUGCCGCCCUCCGGACCUUUCGUGGAGGGCUCCAUCGUCCGCAUCGUCAUGGAGAACUUCCUAACAUACGAUAUCUGUGAAGUAUCUCCUGGACCCCAUUUGAACAUGAUCAUUGGAGCUAAUGGAACAGGGAAGUCAAGCAUUGUGUGUGCCAUUUGCCUUGGAUUAGCAGGCAAACCUGCUUUUAUGGGACGGGCAGAUAAGGUUGGGUUUUUUGUGAAGAGAGGAUGUUCCAAAGGCAAGGUUGAAAUUGAAUUGUUCAGGACUUCUGGAAAUCUUGUUAUCACCCGUGAGAUUGAUGUGGCAAAAAAUCAGUCUUCUUGGUCAAUCAACAGAAAGUCUACAACCCAGAAAGUAGUAGAAGAGCAAGUUGCAGCCCUAAAUAUUCAAGUGGGCAAUCUUUGCCAGUUUCUACCUCAGGACAAAGUUGGAGAAUUUGCAAAACUCAGUAAGAUUGAACUCCUUGAAGCUACUGAGAAGUCAAUUGGUCCGCCAGAAAUGCACAGUUAUCAUUGUGAACUCAAAAACUUCAGGGAGAAAGAGAAACAAUUAGAGACUUCAUGCAAAGAAAAAACUGAUUAUCUAGAGAAAAUGGUUCAGAGGAAUGAAAGAUAUAAACAAGAUGUAGAGCGGUUCUAUGAGCGUAAGAGACAUUUAGAUUUAAUUGAGAUGCUUGAAGCCAAAAGACCAUGGGUGGAAUAUGAAAAUGUUCGUCAGGAAUAUGAAGAAGUAAAACUAGCUCGUGACAGAGUGAAGGAUGAGGUCAAAAAACUUAAAGAAGGGCAGAUCCCUAUUACAAAUCGAAUUAAGGAAAUUGAAAGGCAACGCUGUGAUUUGGAGGCUCAAAUCAAAGAAAAGGCAGCAGAGAUUAAGGAGACAUCUCAAAAAUGCAAACAAAAGCAAGAUGUUAUAGAACGAAAAGAUAAACAUAUUGAGGAACUUCAGCAAGCUUUAACAGUAAAACAAAACGAAGAGCAUGACCGACAGAAGAGAAUAAGUAAUACUCGUAAAAUGAUAGAGGAUUUGCAAAAUGAACUAAGGACUACAGAAAACUGUGAGAAUCUUCAGCCUCAGAUUGAUGCUAUUACAAAUGACCUGAGACGAGUUCAAGAUGAAAAGGCACUAUGUGAAGGCGAGAUAAUUGACAAACGAAGGGAGAGGGAGACUCUGGAGAAAGAGAAAAAGAAUGUGGGUGAGCAUAUUGUACGUUUUGACAAUCUUAUGAAUCAAAAAGAAGAUAAACUGAGACAGAGGUAUCGGGACACCUAUGAAGCUGUUUUAUGGCUGAGAAGUAAUAGAGACAAAUUUAAGCAAAGAGUUUGUGAGCCCAUAAUGCUAAUGAUCAACAUGAAAGAUAAUAAAAAUGCCAAAUAUAUUGAAAAUCAUAUUUCAUCAAAUGAUUUGAGAGCUUUUGUGUUUGAAAGUCAAGAAGAUAUGGAGAUUUUCCUCAGAGAGGUUCGUGACAACAAAAAGCUAAGAGUCAAUGCUGUUAUUGCUCCUAGGAUUUCACAUGCAGAGAAGCCACCUUCAAGAUCUCUAAAUGAACUAAAACAGUAUGGAUUUUUUUCUUAUUUGCGAGAAUUAUUUGAUGCACCUGAGCCUGUAAUGAGUUACCUUUGCUUCCAGUACCACAUUCAUGAAGUUCCUGUGGGAACUGAAAAAACUAGAGAAAGAAUUGAGCGGGUAAUACAAGAAACCCAAUUAAAACAAGUUUAUACAGCAGAUGAAAAGUAUGUGGUGAAAACUUCUGUUUAUUCAAACAAAGUUAUUUCUAGUAACACAUCCCUCAAAGUAGCCCAGUUUCUUACAGUCACUGUGGAUCUAGAACAGAGAAGACAGUUAGAAGAACAGCUAAAGGAAAUUAAUAGAAAAUUGGAAGCAGUGGAUUCAGGGUUGAUUGCCUUACGUGACACAAACAGACAUCUAGAACACACAGACAAUGAACUUAGACAAAAGAAGAAGGAGCUUCUCGAAAGAAAAACUAAGAAAAGACAACUGGAACAAAAAAUAUGUUCCAAAUUGGAAAGUUUAAAGCUGAUGGAGCAGGAUACUUGCAACCUUGAAGAGGAAGAACAGAAAGCAAGUAACAAAAUCAAAGAAAUAAAUGUUCAAAAAGCAAAACUUGUUAUAGAAUUAACAAACUUAGUAAAGAGCUGUACUUCUUUGCAUAUACAAAAAGUAAAUUUAAUUCUUCAAAAUACUACGGUGAUCUCUGAAAAGAACAAAUUAGAAUCUGAUUAUAUCGCUGCAUCUUCAAAGCUGCGCCUCAUAGAGCAACAUUUCAUUGAAUUGGAUGACAACAGGCUACAAUUAUUGCAGAAAUGCAAGGAACUUAUGAAGAGAGCUAGGCAAGUAUGUAACCUGGGUGCACAGCAGGCUGUUCCUCAGGAAUACCAGACAGCUUUCCAAGAUCUUCCAAACACAUUGGAUGAAAUUGAUGCUUUAUUAACUGAAGAAAGAUCAAGAGCUUCCUGCUUCACAGGACUGAAUCCUACAGUGGUUCAGGAAUACACAAAAAGAGAAGAAGAAAUAAAACAGUUAACUGAGGAACUAAAGGAAAAGAAAAUAGAACUAGACAAGUACAGGGAAAACAUUUCACAGGUAAAAGAACGGUGGCUAAAUCCCUUAAAAGAGCUAGUAGAAAAGAUUAAUGAAAAAUUCAGCAAUUUUUUUAGUUCCAUGCAGUGUGCUGGUGAAGUUGAUCUCCAUACAGAAAAUGAGGAAGACUAUGAUAAGUACGGAAUUCGAAUUAGAGUCAAAUUCCGCAGCAGUACUCAGUUGCAUGAAUUGACUCCUCAUCAUCAAAGUGGAGGUGAAAGAAGUGUUUCUACCAUGCUGUACUUGAUGGCACUUCAAGAGCUUAAUAGGUGUCCUUUUAGAGUAGUAGAUGAAAUUAAUCAGGGGAUGGACCCAAUCAAUGAACGGAGAGUAUUUGAAAUGGUUGUAAACACUGCCUGUAAAGAAAACACAUCUCAAUACUUCUUUAUUACACCAAAGCUCCUGCAAAACCUUCCUUAUUCUGAAAAGAUGACAGUGUUGUUUAUCUACAAUGGUCCUCAUAUGCUGGAGUCAAAUAGAUGGAGUUUAAAGGCUUUCCAAAGGCGGCGGCGCCGUAUUACAUUUACUCAGCCUUCUCAAUAAAAGUAAAUAGAAGAACCUUUCAGAGUUUUUAUUGUUGUUAUUAAAUUCUGUUAAUAACUAUGGCUUAAUAAAGUUAAAAGAGAUUUAUUAAAUUAGAAAAUUGGUUAUUUUUUGAAACCUGCUCUUAAAUACAAAGAUUGAUGAACGAGAGACUGUAAAGACCUCUUUCUCUGGAAUGUCAUCUGGUGGGUCUUCAGUCUUGGUUGAACUGGAGUCUUUAGUCCUCUGUCUUUGAGUCCUGGGCUCCCAACAUUGAAGGUAUUUAUUGUUACAAAUCAAAGGUAUGGUGGAACUAGGGUUGAGCUUUAAUUGCAAAGUAAUUUUAGUUACUUUCAAAGAAUAAAGAUGACUCUAGAACUUAAAACCUAGUUUUUCACCAGUGUUACAUUUAACUUUUUAAAAUUUUUAUGGAAAUGUCUAAUGUAUAGUAAUAAUUUAUGACAAAUAUAUUCAUUUUUUUCUAUUAAAAAAACAUCUCCACUAGGAAAUGAAUUUUUAUGGCCCAUGAAAGUAAUUUAUGAAACGAUGCUGUAAUUGUAUUGGUAUUGGAAAAGGAAAGCAUUAUGCUUGGAAAAACAAUAGUGUGACUUAUUUGAAAUGUCACAUGGUAGCCUCUAUGAUACUAAAUGCUGCCUAAAGAUUGACAGAAUAAAAUCCAGAGGCGAGGGGUUUUUUUUUUUUUAAAGAAUAACCUUAUAAAGUACGUGUGUGUGUGUGUUUUUUUUUUUAAGUCAGUUGUAUUUUACAUCUUAAAUUUCUAAAGAAACAUUUUUAUAAUUAUUUUUAGUAAGAUUUUCUUAAGAUUUCAUAUACUGGUUUCUACAAUUUGUAUUUGAAAUUUUUCAGUGCUUUGUAAGAGGAAAAUGUAUUGAUUUAAAACUGUAAUGUUUCAGAAUUAAGGUAAUAGGUCAUUCCUUACAGUGUUGAUCUACCCAUUCAUUAUCCUAGAAAAAUCUAGUUUAAACUUUUUUUUUCAGCUUGAAUCAAUUAAGUGAGAAAAUCACUGAUUUACCUCUGAGUUACACUAAUUAAUAGUGCCCAAUAAAUUUUAUUCUUUUAAAAAAUAAAUCUUGUAAGAAAAUGGACUGUUGCAAGGACAUGUCUUUGAAUUUGGAUUGGCUCUGCUGGUAAUAACAAAAUUACAUUUUUGACUUGUUAGGCUGCAUAAAUUGAAGUAUUGCAUUCAGUUUGAGUUUUAUAUGUUCUUAUAUAGCCAUUGAAAUUUAUAUUCAUAUUCACAAAUAAUGAUCUAUGAGUUUAAAUUUUCUCAAGCAGUUUUCUCUUUGAAAAAGUUUUUUUUUCUUUAUAAAUAAAAUUUUAAAAGUUCUCUCUUAAACUAAAUCUAAUGCAUCAAGUAUGAAAAUAUUUUUAAAAUAUUUUCACUAGGGUGAACAAGUCACAUGAACUUUGAAAAACUUGGUAACAUUUGAGUACAUGGAUAUUACCAAAAGUUUCUAUUGUUAACUUUAUACUCUACUAUAAUAUUACUAUGUUCUGUGAUAGAGAUUAUUGUCUAAAUUAGCACAAGUCAUCAGUUUCUGCAGAAUAAACUCUUCAGUGUAAAAAUAUAUGCUUGCAUCUGCCAGGCAAACACAAGGUCCUGAAUUCAAUUCCAGGUACUAAAAAAAGAAAAAACUCAAAAUAAGGGCAUAAAUGUUAAUCAUAUUUGAAAAUAAAAUGGCCAAAUGCAUUACAGUUUAUAUUUGCCAACAGUUAUUUCAUACCUUGUGUGUAAGCAUGUGUAUUUGUGCACUGAACAAAGUUAGUAUUUGGUUUUACCUUGAAUUUUGAGCUUGAAGGAUAAAUUAUGUAUCACUUUUAACAUCUUAAGGAAUAAUAAGGCUAACGUAUUAUCGUCUCAGCUACUUAAAAUUUCAUGUUUUGUGAAGAUGUUGAUUUUUAAUUAUAUUCAAAUUAUGAAAAGUCAACUAAAGAGCUUAAUUUGAUGAAUAAGGUGAUAUUUAAAACUUUAAGGUGACAGACAUUUUUUGAAGACUAAAUCUUCACUGAUUUGCCUAAGGAGAGUGUCUGUUAAAAUGUUUUACAUAUUCAAAGUAAGAAGAAACAUUUCCUGAUACUUUCUGAUUGUCUUUUGGAUAUAUGUCUAUUUUCUUUGCAGUAUGAACCUUUAAUAUGUGAAAAAUGUAAUUUUGUCCUAUUGUGUAUGUACAUGUGUGUAUAAUUGUUUAAAACUUUGUGUUGGAAAUGUUACUUUGUUGGUAAU